UCUUGCCUCCAGGCAGCAGGGAAACGCUGACGGCAUGGGAACAAUACAGUUAAAGAUGCUGAAACUUUUGCUUUUAUUUACCUUCACCGAGAUUUGUGCUGCUCAAAAUGACAUCACUCUGUCAGUGUUUACAGUCACAUCUAAGAGUAUGACAGUACAGUGGAGCGGCUACACCGGCGCCAGCUCCUACAAGAUCACAGCGACACCCAAGAGCUCUCCGGAGCAGCCCGUCUUUGCUCAGUUCAGUGGAAACUCUGUGAUGGGCUCAGUCAACUCCCUGUCACCAAACACAGUGUACACCAUGCAGCUCGAAGCCAUGGACAAUGCUCUCAAAGUCCUCAGCAGUGCAGAGACAGAGGAGACAACAGCUCCUGAGGUGCCCAGCAUUGAACAGGCCUACUCCAAAAACAGCGACAGCAUCACUGUAGAGUUCACAGAGGUUUCCGGGGCAACCAGCUACAUCCUGAGGGCACAGUCGGAGACCGGCGAUUUCUUCUCUGAGACCGUGGUGAGCGGCUCGCCAGGCACGGUGGAGCAGCUCCAGCCCUACAGAGACUACAGGCUGAGCGUCAUGUCCGUCAACUCUGGGGGGAGGAGCCAGCCCUCGUACCCCAUCGAGGCCAGGACAGUGGUGGUGGCACCCAAGUUGAACACUGAGUCUCCUAACAACAGCACCAUCCUCGUGACUUGGAACCCGGUGAGGAACGCCGUCCUCUACAUGCUCUGCAUCAUCAGGGAGGGCUCCAGCUCCCGCUUCAAACUAAACACCACUGACACCACGGUGACCUUUGACGGCCUUGAAGGAGGGACCACCUACUGUAUCAAGGGCACAGCCUGGGACUCUGAGGGUCGGGCUGGGGAUGACCUCACUGUCUGCCAGAUCACACGUCCUCCGAGCACAGAUGUGACCCAUGUCCAGUUGUCUCAGGGACGGUCUCUUUGGGUCACUGUGUACUGGGUGUCAGUGCAAGGAGCUGAGAACUACAUCGCCUGGUCCAGUAAUGGUCAAAAUUGUACCUCAACAGCUAAUAGUUUCUGUUAUAUUACAUCUGUGGAGUGUGGCCAGAACAACUCUGUCACUGUCGUAGCCUACAACAAAGCUGGUCCCAGCAGCCCCUCACAGCCAGUAGACUACGUUACAUAUCCAUGUCCUCCAGAGAACAUCUGGGUGGAGGAGCCCGAAGCAGGCAACUGCUCAGUGGUGUGGGACGAGGUGCCGCUGGUGGAGUACUACAUAGCUUUCAUAAAGAGGGACGACGGAACUGAGAAGUCAUGCAACACCACUGAGACUACAUGCCCGUUUUCCUGCAUGUGUGGCUACACCUACCUCACCACCGUCUUCCCCUACAACCAGGCCGGCUCCAGCCCUUAUGCACAUGUCCGCAACUACACCACUAUUCCUUGUUGCCCUCAGGACGUUAGCAUUACGCUGGUUUCUACAGAGACCCUGGAGAUCAUGUGGUCAUCGGUCAAAGGGGCUGAGCUGUACGAGACAACGGCGGCACAGACUAAUGAUGUCGUCCACUGUAACGACACAGCGCCAGUGUGUGCGCUGUCAGAUUUGACGUGCAACACGGCCUAUUCUGUGACCGUCACACCGUGCAGCGAGUUACGAGGAUGCAACCGCACCUGCACACCACACACACAUGAGACAGCUCCGUGCGCUCCAGAUAUCCUGAAUAUGACGCAGACCAACAACUCCACAUACAGAGUCCUCUUCAGUACCCCCAACAGCCCCAACACAGAUUACACCAUCAAAGCCACUGGACGCUAUGAAACACACACCUGCCAGUCAAGAAACAACUCCUGUGAGCUCACACAGCUGCCCUGUGGCUCAACCUUUGAGGUCAUGGCAGUGGCCAUGACAACUGUGGGGAGAAGUCUACCUGGAUUCAGUAAAACUUUGGAAACAGGACCCUGCUGCCCCAUGUCUGUAAAUGUGACCCAGGUCACCCAGGCUAUGACCAACGUGACCUGGUCACCUGGCAGCGGUGCUCGCUCCUAUAUCACCACCCUGAAGUCCUCACGGGGACAUGCUAAGUGCCACACCCUGGACACCCACUGCCUGAUGGGAUGCAUCACUUGUGGCACCAACUACAGCAUCCACCUGGAGGCCAUCAGCAGCACAGGACACAUGUCAGAGUGCAAAUACCGUGGAUUCUCAUCCAGUGCCUGCUGUCCAAUGAGAGUCAAGCUCAAACGCAUGGCCAACAACAACUCCCUCAGGGUGUACUGGCGCUCUCUGGGCUCUCAGACGCUGAACCACACAGUAGAGCUGUACGGGACGGGAGCUAACUAUACCUGCAUCUCAGCUGCCGGCAGCAAAUACUGUGAUAUUCUGGAGGAAAUGUGUGGGGACGUCUACACAGUGCUGGUGGCACCAGUAGGACAAGAUGGGGUCAUAGUUAGCUUCUGUCAACGCAGGACAUACUCAGUUCCCUGCCCAGAGAGUAAUGCUGGUAUGAUGAUCUCCCGCGGAAGACGAAGUGUGGAUUAAUUACGUGAACACUUCCUCCCAUUGCCCCCCCCCCCCCCCCCAACAUGAACAGAAGACUGCGUUUACACCAAGGGCAACUCUAAAUAUCCAAUAUACCCAGAUGAAAUAUCACUCUUGUUAAGAAAUGUAGGAAAUGUUUUGUUAUUACUGCUGUUUGCAAGAAAAGCCACUGAAUUACUGAAUUAAAACCAUAAAAUUUAUAAAAGAGGACUUUUACAUAAAUAACAAUGGGCAUUUAUCUAAUGUUUGAGUGUUCUCCAUGUUGUUAAAGUAGGCUGCAUGUUAUUUUGCUCUCUGCUCUGCAGCUCCUCAUCUUUAACCAAUUGCCCUUUGAUAAUAAUGAUGUAACCUCAAUGUGUAAUGACGUCAAGGAAAAAUGAAAAAGACGCAGAAAUAGAAACUUUGCAAUGAACGUCCCACAGAAAUGUGUCACGGCAAAUAGUCAUUCUCUACUCGCACCAUGUAGUGUGACUUAAAUCUGUUUCACAAACUCAGUGUCUGUUUACUUCCUGUCAACUCGCCUCCGACAUUAGUGAUCAAAGUGCUCGCUCAUCCUUAAGUUAGUUACUUAACUUUUCGCAGUUAACUUUGUUUGUUAGCAUAUUGUUUAUAGUAUACUGUUUGUUUUUGUAUAUAAUGAGUUUGAUCAUUAUGAUGACAAGGCUAGCCAGUCAGUUAGCCUAGCUAGCUACUAAAAUGAAGAAAAGCACUGUUGUGUGAGUGUAAAAGAGCUUAACAGUAGAUAAGCUUAAAAAAAUUACGCUGACUUUGGAGCUGCAAUGACUGACUAACAUAGAAUAAAAAAUAGAAUAUAUCUUUAUUGUCCACCAUGAGUGGAAAUUUGUCUUCGGAUCAUCGAAACACAAAAGACAAUAUUGUAAAAAGCAGACAAAAAGUCAAUACAAAACGCUUAGACAUAUUAAAUCCGCUCAUUGUCUGUCUGUGGUUUAAAACUCAUCAGUCACAUUACUGAGUUAAGGAUACUGAUGGCACUUGUGAUGAAGGACUUCUUAAAUAUAUUUUUGGUUGCCAGAGGGGCUCUAUAGCGCCCCCUGGAGCUCCAGAGCUCAAACUGGCUGAAGAGAAGGUGGGAGCUAUGUGCCAAGAUACUCCUUGCUUUCUUCCUCGUCCUUUCUGUAAAGAGUGGGGUGGAGGGCUUUUGUGGCUUGCCAACUAUUUUACUUGCUAUUGUCACAAUCUUAGACAGUUUAUUCUUGGAUAUGCAGUUAAGGUGACCGUACCAGACAGGAAGGUGAAACAUUAAAACGCUCUCAACCAUAAUUUGGUACACUAACUCUAAAAUCUGCUUGCUAACACAAAGGCCACUGAGUUUCCUAAGAAGAUAAAAUCACUGUGAGCAUUUUUUAAUAUGAAAAUAUACUCAGUAUUUCAAGAGAAGCUCACAUGGGAGUCCAGAACCGAACCAAGGUAUUUAAAAAUUUCCACAGUUUCAACACGUUGGCCAUCGAGUGAAACUGGCUCUGUCUUCAGAUCUUGUUUCAUUAGCUGACGGUUAUCCUCUAAGACACUGAGGUGAUAGCUAAUGCUAGGUCGCUAUGGCAUGGCUAUGGCAUUUUUUUUUUGGCUUGAAAGAACUGCCAAAAAUAUUACACUGACUGACGUAUAUUGUCUUGUGGAAGCAAGCAGUAAAGCUCUAUAAAGCUGACCAUCCUCCUCAUAAACUUGCUCUGACUUUUCUUCAUUUUAGAAGCCAGCUAGGUUAGCUGAAUGACACAUAACACUAUAUACAAAUCGAAUGGUAAAUACAACCAACAAUAUGUACAAAGCUAAAGUGAAAGUGAAGUUGCGUUACUAACUUAAGGAUGAAAAAGCACUUUGAUCACUAAGGUUGGAAGCAAAGGUAAUAACACUAUCGUAGAGUUACAUUACAUUGUGCAAGUGCAGAAUUCAAAGACAACACAAAUUUAAGAUAAGAUCUUAGGACUUCUCCAAGUAGAAGACCUCCAUACGGCGGCCUAUGACAUGACUCUGGGUUGCAGAACCGGUUUCUGACCCAGAAAAAGGUCACAGUUAAAAGUGGGGCAGCAGGUAUCCAUCCCGUUCGCCUGGGGUCAUGCAUGUCAAGUCCUGUGGAUGAUACGUCUGAUCGGAUUGCUGGAGAUAGAUUCAGUGUUACCUCUGCUCUCAUUGGAUUUGUUUUCUCUCCGAUGACUGACGACAACAAUAAAGCACAUCGUUUUUGCAUUACCACAUUGUCUGCUGUCAAUCAUCUUGAGUGGGCGCUCUUUAUUAAGUAACAUGUUUUGUUCAGUUGUGUGGGGUCAGAUACGUGAGCUAAAUUCAGUGCUCCAAAAUUAUCCAGAAACGAAUCCAUCAGAGAAACUCCCUGAAGUAGGUCUUACUCAUUCAGGACACCUGUUAUGGAAUAGCACUUUCACUGAAGUUGUAUAACUGACACAAUACAUUCGCCAUUAUACAUCCUAGGGGUGGAUCAUCAGUUGCACACUAUUAUAAAUGAAGUGAGUAUCUUCCUAAGGCUGUCAUAAUACACCAGUACAAUGACCAUGAUAUGAGUGAAAUAUUAAUAUCAUAAUACACAUAUGAUAAUAUCCUAUAAAUACUUCAGUGCCUCUUAGAUCAUUUCUGGUUCUUUCAGUUGUCGUUUUGUCCCCCUCCCCUAAAACUGUCUGGUUGCCUUUCACUAUCCAUAUAGUGUAACUGUUCUUUGUGUACGAUUUUGUUCAGAAUUUGCACCCUUAACAUUUGUCUUCAGAAGUAAAGUUAUGUAACCUGGUUAUGUAAUCACUCAAUCACUAUGAAAUAAAAUGAAAUGAAAUUUA